AUGGCCUCUGGUUGUGCGCCAGAAGACGACGAGGACGACCACGUCGUGCAUCCAUAUACCCCGGGGGCGUCGCCCGACGAUGCAGCUACAUGGCUGCCUGCGAUCACGGCGCGUACCCAAGCGUUACGAAAAGAGCUCGAUACCAUGUAUGCGCCCUCCCAUGAAAUGGAUGAACUGCUCUGGCACGAUCUGGUCAUGAUGUACAUGCACGCUGCGGAACAACUAUCGCUCCUCGACGCUGUGCGUGUAUACUUGGACCUGGCCUCCCUGGCACCGCCUGCCAUGCCCGUCGCCAAGGCCCGAGACGUAGGCCUGCAUCUGCUUAUGCAGCUCGAGGCCCUGCCUGAUCGGUCGCAUAUGCGGGCGAUGUGGAAGGCCCUCUGCAAGGUCGGCGAUCCUACCCCGAGCGAUACCACGCCGCUGACGCGUCGCCUUAUUCUGAGCAAUCGACUCGGCGAAGCGAUGCGGAUUCUUCAGUGGCACAUUCAGCAGCACUGGCUGCGUCAGGCCCCUGCACCAUCGCGCGCUGUGAUGCAUACCCUCAUGAUCCAAAUGCGCACGGUCGAACGCGUGUUACGGCUUCGCACACCACCAUCGCCAGGCCGUUUUGGCGCGAGCCGCGCUUUGUACACCGACUAUUGCUACGCUCUCGUGGCUCUAGGGAGCUUGCUCCGUGAGAACUACCUACCGCUUGUCCCUGCCCACAAAGAAGACAUUACGUGGCUCAUUCAGCUGCUCGCUCACUUCCCUGCCUUGGAGUACCAUGCGCCACACGCCGCGCAGGCCGCGCAAGAGAUCCGCCAUGUGCUACCCGUGUGGAUAGAACAGUUGCCCUGUGGUCGCACGCCGCAACCUGACUUUUUCACACCGCCGCCUCAGCGCACACGUCGUAGCGAUCGCGCUACCUACUUUGUGCCUGUGCUCAGUGAGCGUUCGUACAAUGCCCUGCUGCAAUACACCUUGCAGCAUACUGACAAUCCUCAAGCCUGCUGGCGGGUCUUGGAGCACAUGACACGCGAACGAUCACCACCCCUGAAGCCAGGACCUGUUACGGUGAACAUCUUGGUCCGCCAAGCCGCUCGGCGACGUUGGCCGGCCCUUGGAUCGUAUGCGUUAGCGCUGCAGCGCGCUGAUCCUAGCGCUGUGGCCCUACCUGCUCUACCAGCGCCCACAGCCUCGAUACGGGAGGCCGAGCCGCUGUACCUGUUGGCGUCCGUGGACGAGGCAUUGCGUGAUCACGAUACCUAUCGUCUCGUGGCUUUGCUGCAGCAUAUUCGGCAUAGCCAGCUACGUUCCCCUCAGCAACCUCAUGGCAUACGAGCGACGAGUGUGCUUUUGCGUGUGUACCCAGAGCUACGACGCAAACGUACGUGGCCCAGCGCACCGAUUGCGCACCAUCCCCACGUCUAUGUCGCCUCCCUGCAACUGGCCGCUGCGGCAGGGCAUAUCAAUAUGGCGAUGCGUAUUUGGCGCCUGCUAAAGCAGAUGUGCAUUGCGCAUCGCCAACCUGUGCCUACGCAGGCCAUGGUCGAAGUCUUGCGUCUCCUUGUGCGCGUCGGACGACGUCGGCGGUGGGUCUAUGCGCGCCAUGAACACGAGCGUGAUUCGUACAAGACGCAGGCGUGCAUGAUUGCCUUGCAAGAGUAUGCAUGGCUCUUGCAUCACUGGAGCUCGCUGGGAACGCCGCCAGAGGUCGACGUGUACGUUGCGCUGCUGCGCUUGCUGCGCCGUAUCGGUGACCAAGACGCCGCGUAUGCACGCGUUGUCGACGAUAUCUAUGCUCUAGGGCUUGCAUCUAUUCCACGUCUACAGCAGGCGCUUUCUACAAGCGCGCCACGUUCUUUUCCAGAUACCCAUACGUAG